AUGUCCGGCGCAGCACAAACCAACGGCCACACCAAGAAGGUGCUCGUGGUCUUCGGGGCCACGGGCAAGCAGGGCGGCUCUGUGAUCAAGUCCGUGCUGGGCGACCCAAAGACGGCCUCCAUGUUUUCCAUCCGCGCAAUCACUCGAGAUCCGUCCAAGCCGGCGGCGCAGGAGCUGACCAAGCAAGGCUGCGAGUGUGUAUCAGCCGACCUUGACGACAAGGAGUCUCUCAUCCAUGCCCUUCAAGGCGCAUAUGCCGUGUACGCGGUGACCAACUUCUGGGAGAAGAAGACUGCCGCGGCGGAGAUCCAGCAGGGCAAGAACAUUGCCGACGCGGCCAAGCAGUGUGGCGUGCAGCACUUGGUCUGGAGCAGUCUGAUGAAUGUCACCAAGCUCUCUGGCGGAAAGCUGUCUAAAGUCGCACACUUCGACUCAAAGGCCGAGGUGGAGGAGUACAUCCGCCAACUAGGCAUCCCUGCGACCUUCUUCAUGCCGGGGUUCUACAUGUCCAACAUCCCCGGCCAGAGCCUGAACAACAUGCAAGGUGGGAAGUGGAACUUUGCGCUGCCCAUCCCCACAGACGCGCCCAUGCCGCUGUUCGAUGCCGACACCGACACGGGCAAGUUCGUCAAGGCCAUCCUGCUGCACCGCGACCAGGUCCUGGGCGCCCGCAUCUACGGCGCCACGGGCUACUACACCCCGGAACAGAUCAUCGCCGACUUCCAGGCCGUCAAGACCCAGGAUGGCCAGGGCGGCGCCGCCCGACAGGUUCCCGAGGAGGCCUUCAAGAAAAUCCUCGCCUCAAAGGGCAUGCCUGAGCCCAUCCAGGACGAGAUGCUCGAGAAUAUGCUGCUGAUGCCCCAGUUCGGAUACUACGGCGGUGCCGACCUCGCCGAGAGCCAGGCGAUCCUGGACGAGCCGCUCACGACCUGGAAAGACUAUGUCGCCCGCUCCCCCGUGUGGGCGGAGGUGCAUUGA